AUACAUAAAAGAAGGCAUGGUAUUUCGUUCGGCUACUUUAGAUAACAUGAGUCAACAAGACGUCGACGCUUUUAUAAGGGCUCAUAAAAUCAACACUAUCCUUGACCUCCGCACAGGGUUAGUUUGAGUUUUAGAUUUAUCCAAGCUAACCAACUACUCUAGUAUGGAAGGACGCGAAGGAUUGCCAAUCGAUAAAAGCUUCCCGACAAGUAUUCUUGAUAACGUAAGGGAAUGACAGACCAAGGAAUUGUCACUCAUAAAAAAAAACUAGUUGGAUGCAAAAAGUUUAGUCAACGAUCAAGAUAUCGUAAACAAACCUGUUACCUCAAAGGAACUUGAUACUACGGGAAAAGGCUCGCUUGUAAGAAAAAAAUACAGAAUUGAUUUUGCAGGAAAGAACUUUCAACGAUACUGCGUAUUUGGAUCAUGUUCAUUCCGCCUGAAGCUGUAUGUCAUUUACUUGAUGAUAUUUUGCCAGCGCAAAAAGGCAGCCUAUUUGAUUGGGCAACAAGUUUUGACUCCAAUGGGUGUAAACAGAAUGUACAAAGAGUUUGCUACUUACUGUAAACAAGAAAUUCGAGAAGCUUUGAUGGUUUUUACUGAUCCAUCCAAUUAUCCAAUCGAGAUUCAUUGUACACAAGGUAAAGAUAGAACAGGUAUGGUAUCUGCUUUGGUUAUGACAAUUGCCGGCGUACCUCAUGAUGUUAUUGUGAAUGAUUACGCAAAGACACAAAAGGCACUAGCACCUAUUUAUAAUGAGAUGUUGGAAGAAGUUAGAAGGGCUGGAUUAUCAGAGGAUUUUGCUCAGGCACCACCUCAGUAUAUGUACGAAUUAUUGAACUUUCUUAUAGAAGAGUAUGGCUCUAUCGAUAAUUAUUUGGACAGCAUUGGUUUCGGAGAAGCCAUGCGUGAACGAGUUAGAAAAAUUAUCUGUGUACAAUAAAACUAAAGCUGCUUCAUGCUAUCAUUUUGUUCCAAACAAGUUGAUGGCAAAAAAGAUAAAGCUAAAGUAUGGGUUUUGGAUUUUAA